AUGGAAUCAAUACAUGUACUCACUGUGGAUGAUUUGACACCUCAAUUAUGGAAGAUGAUGAGAGCUUCUGCCGAUGAUACCAUUUGGUAUGCACUCAUAGGUACUGUUCUACAAGCUAUGUUAGUCACUUCAGUGCUGGGAAUGACGAUAAAAUACUUUACAUAUUUCACACGUAAAGACUCGCCUUUCAUAUUAUGGGGAAUAGGAAUAGCUACAAUCAUUCAAAUAGGUGAACUAGCUUUGACUUGCGCAGAGGAUUAUAGAUUGGUUUAUUGUGGACCAGAUAAUUUCCAAGAUAUAUUUCGCUUCUUAGUAAUCGCAGAUAUGUUUAGAGUGUUUUCAGCUGCUGUAUUUAAUAUUGCUGCUGGUGGUUAUUAUACCUGGAGAGUAUGGAUGAUGUGCGGAAGGAAGAUAUAUAUGGUUCCUCCUUUUGCUUUAGGUGGUAUGAUACAGAUGUCAAUGACUGUUUGCGCUGUUGUACAUGGAUGUAAACUUCCUGAAAUCAAUGUUGAUACGAUUUCUCAAUUGCCAAAGUUGAUGCCGGACAUCCUCAAAUUCUUCAAGAUCUGGGGUGCAGUGACCUUAGUGGUCGAUGGUGCUCUGUGUGUGAUAAUGACGUUUCUCCUGUUCAAGACGCAAGACAGUUUGUUCUCCAAAGAAAGCAAAAUAUUCAGAAAGCUCAUUUCGCUCAUUUACGAGACCAUGCUUCCUCCAGUCGUAUGCCUUUUGAUCCUGGAAGCCGCUAGUGGAAGUAAAGGUACACCCUUGACCGAUAUGCGACGAGUUAUCACAUGCAUUCUACCGGUAUUAUAUUAUCAUUCAGCUCUUCACACUUUGGUGGGUAGACAAGCGAUCCGAGAAUUGCUAGACGACAAACUUGCUUCUGGUGGUAUUCACGCAUUUUCAAGUGGGAGUGGCAAAGGUUCAGGUGGUGGUGGUGGCAGGGUGUAUGCAGCUUUCCCGCCUGGAUUACGAUCAAUCAAUAUAGAAGAAGCUGGAAUAGAGUUACAGUCACCAUCAGGUAACUCGUCAACAAGGAAGAAUCCACAAAUGCCUUUAGUCAAAAUCGAGCAAAGUACUGUCGUGUCCAGAUCCGAUGACUAUAUCUUAUCGGAAUCGAACCCUUCUAUGCCUGGAAGGAACGACAAUGAGCCUGAUUCAGAUGACGAGAAGAGUAUGACGACCCAGAGAUCUGCUCCUAUGACGCAUUUCUGA